AUGAAGCCUGCUACUUUGUUUCUUGCUCUCAACCUCAUCCUCCUUUUCACCAAACAUUCACUAUCAUUGAUGGACGAUAUCCUUGUGUAUGAUAGCGAAGGAAAUCAACUCCAAAAAAAUGCCUCCUAUUUCAUAAGCCCUCCAAUACGUGGGCCUCUUGGCGUUCCAGUAAUGCUAGCCAUUCCUCAUGGUGUAAACGGAACGUGUAAUGAAGCAGAUGUUGUUCAAUACCGAUUUGUACUUGGUCCUUCCACCCCUUUUACCUUCACACCUGUCGCUCAUAGCGAGGAUGUUGUCAAAUUAGGCUAUCCGCUCGCAAUUCAAUCCACAGACAACCCAUGUAGAGGGAGUUCAAUAUGGAAGGUGUCCAGUCGUACAGGUGUGGUAUCCGGUGACAUUAUCACCACUGGUGGGGUGAAGAAUAAACCAAGUAGUUGCCUUAGAAUUACAAAACCUCAGAAUCCUAUGUUUCUAGACACCUAUAUGUUUGAAUAUUGUCCCAAUUUAUGUGGUGCGGGUCCCAAAAUUUGCUUACCAAUUGGUAACUAUAUGGGACAUCUUUCUCCUAGGGGCAAACCGUUUGAAUUUGUUUUAAACAAGGUUUCCGAGUCAGUUGCCACGGUUUAA